CAACACAUUUCAUCUAAAUAAUACAAUGAGAGUUUAUAACAUGAUACUAUUCACAGUUUUGAUUGCAUUGUUUGCGCUGCUUAGUUCGAGUGAAGGACACAUGCCACCGUGUGAUGGGUGUGAGACAGCCAAGCCACCCUGUACAACAACAACACCACCUUGUACAACAACGUCACCCUGUACAACAACACCACCCUGUACAACAGCGCCACCCUGUACAACAACACCACCCUGUACAACAACGCCACCCUGUACAACAACGCCACCCUGUACAACAACGCCACCCUGUACCACGACUCCCUGUACCACAACGACACCCUGUACUACAACAACUCCACCCUGUACAACAACAACUCCACCCUGUACAACAACAGCGCCACCCUGUACAACAACACCACCCUGUACACCAACGCCACCCUGUACAACAACACCACCCUGUACACCAACGCCACCCUGUACAACAACGCCACCCUGUACAACGCCACCCUGUACAACAACACCUCCCUGUGCCACAACGACACCCUGUACUACGACAACUCCACCCUGUACAACAACAACGCCACCCUGUACAACAACGCCACCCUGUACAACAACGCCACCCUGUACAACAGCUCCCUGUACCACAACGCCACCCUGUACAACAACAACUCCACCCUGCACAACAACAACUCCACCCUGUACAACAACACCACCCUGUACAACAACGCCACCCUGUACAACAACAGCUCCCUGUACCACAACUAAGCCACCUUGUACCACCAUUAAACCACCAUGUACUGCAACCACACCACCAUGCACCACAACCAAACCACCCUGCACCACAACACCGCCCUGUACAACAACGGAAUGCACAGAAAUACCAGUAAGCUUUGCUAAGUCCCAAUGCAUAUGCCCCUCUGGCUUAGACGAUUGCGACUGCGCCGAGUCAGAAGAUGCUGAAUCUUUGCUCUCAGCACGCGCCUGUCGUGGCAUUAAGGAUGGCACGAUCCUAACGGAUGCCAGGCACUGCCGCAGAUAUUAUGUGUGUCGCAAUAACCGGGCCAGACGACAAAUCUGUGCAGCUGGCCAGUGGUUCGACCGCCGGGCCAAGAUCUGCCGCAAUCGCUCUCUGGUGACAAACUGCUUGGUGGGCCGUAACUGAGAGUUAGACACGCCCUGUGUUCUUAAUGCUGCCAAUCAGCCAGCAUAUAUUUAAAUCAAUUUUUUUCUGCUCAAAUAAAGUACAUGAA